UGUUGUGGUCCCCGUGAAAACGGUCUGUUUUAAUGUAUUCCACCCACGGCCCGCAGAGCUUGGGGGAGGUCAGAGAGUUUAUAUAUAAUAGAGUUUAUAUCAUCAUAUUGUGCAGUGUUGGAAUGGUCAAAACAUGGCAACCUACCCCCCACCCCCUGCCCCUCAUCCAAUUUCAUUCAUAUUGAGGGUUAAGACCUGCACUCUCUUGUGGACAACAGAUGGUGUACAACGUCAACCAUGUUCAGGAUUACGGAGUCCACAUAAGACUUGUUCUAUCUAUUCUAUAUGAGCAGGGCAUAAACAAAUGCUGAGAUCAUGUAAGCUUUGCCUCAUGACAGCCAUCUGUUCAUAUAAUUCUUAAUAAUGAAGUGGACAAUUACCUUGUUGGACAUUUGUUUGGAUUUUCCUCAGUGGAAGCAAGGAAAUUAGAAACGUCAUUAACGAUAACAUUUUCAUAAAUCUUGGCAUCGUGUCACCUAAGUGUAAAAAACAUUAAACAAGUUGACUUUUAAUCGAAAACAACUGCAGGCAUUAAAAAUAUAUAUUUAAUGAUGACUUCUUUGGGUGACAGUUGCUUUUUGUAUUUCUAGCAAACAAACUAUUUACAUAUUGUUUGUCUUUGUCACAUACAAACAAAGGAAGAAGAUUCUGCUUUGCUUGUUGCACAAGUACAAAUGUAUGCUUUAUUUUAAGAAACCGAUUAAAGUAGUGUGAUUUGGCGAUUAAAUUCGAGACCGUAGCAUUUGGGAGGCUGCAAACGCAAUCUAUACUGAUAUCGUUUGGUGACCCCAAUGGGUUGUGGUCAAAACGCUUUGGAAGACAUGCUAGCAUACAUGUAACACAGAUAUCUUCAAAGUUUAAUAAUCAUUGGAUAAAUGUUUAUUGACUUAUGGACAAUUAUUACGUACCAAAUUCUGUAGUAAUAAAAGACACCCUAAAGUUACAGUGGGUGCUUUGUCGAGUGCAUUGAAAAUUUUCAAGUCAAUCCAACUUCGUGGUCAAAAUUCGACGUACUCAGGCAGACAGGCAGACAGCUUGGUGAUACAUUUCUCACCUCACAGUGAAAUGUUUAGCGGUCCCAAUGUCCAAUUAGACCACGUGGCACAAGUCUGUGCAGGAGCGUAUAUCUUCAUGCUUGGUCCCUCACUGGGAUCACUUGUGAAACAGAGCAGAAUGACCCAGACAGCAGCUGGACCAGUUUGGACACAUUAGUUGAGCCCAGAGAAAGUGAGAGUAAGCAUUGCAGAGUAUAGCGUAUCAUGGAGGAACUGGCAAGGGAGAGCAUCAGCCUCCUGGCUCGAUCCGCAUCUCAUUCUGAUCCCCCACAACUCGGAUCCUUUGGUGCCGUGUUCAUCAUGCUGAAGUCUGCACUCGGAGCUGGACUACUGAACUUCCCUUGGGCCUUCCAGAAGGCGGGGGGAGUGACUACUGCUGUUAGUGUGGAGCUGGUAUCUCUGGUGUUCCUCAUCAGUGGACUGGUCAUCCUCGGCUAUUCCUCGUCCGUCAGCAGACAAAAGACCUACCAGGAUGUGGUGAGAGAAGUGUGUGGACGUGCGGUCGGGCAACUGUGUGAGGUCUGUUUCUGCUUCAACCUCUUCAUGAUAUGCGUCGCCUUCCUGGUGGUGGUGCAGGACCAGCUAGAGAAAUUGUGUAUUUCUCUGUUUGAGACGGUGACCGGGUCAGGUGAAGAGGAGAUGCCCUAUCACUGGUACACUGAUCAGCGCUUUGCCCUCUUUGUCCUGUGUCUUGUCAUCAUCCUACCACUUUCCAUCCCAAAGGAAAUUGGCAUCCAAAAAUACACAAGUGUGCUGGGGACACUGGCUGCAACCUACCUGUGUGUGGCAGUGAUCGUCAAAUACUACCUGAUGGAGAACCACACUGCCAUUGUAACACCAGAGCACAGUCAAGGUAUAGGAUCGUGGGCGUCCAUGUUCAGUGUUGUGCCGACCAUCUGCUUUGGUUUCCAGUGUCAUGAAGCCUGUAUAGCCAUCUACAGUAGCAUGGAGAACCAGAAGAUCAUGCACUGGGUGGUCAUUUCUGUCAUCUCCAUGCUUUUCUGUCUGCUCAUCUACACUCUGACUGGAGUGUAUGGCUUCAUGACAUUUGGUCGAGUGGUUGCUUCCGAUAUCUUGAUGUCAUAUCCAGGGAAUGAUGUCGUCAUGAUCAUUUCUAGACUGCUUUUUGGAAUAUCAAUCAUUACCAUCUAUCCUAUUAUUCUUCUUUUAGGGAGGUCUGUCAUCUUGAACCUGAUUGUGCGGGUCCAAAGACGUCGACGUGGAAUCGUCACAAACUCCUUUGAGAGUCGCUGCAGGGUGCUUCUCACUGUGAUCUGGAUCACUAUAACUCUUCUAAUCGCCAUGUUUGUCCCCGACAUGGGUGAAGUCAUCAGCGUCAUUGGAGGAAUCAGUGCCUUCUUCAUCUUCAUCUUUCCUGGUCUUUGCUUGGUGUUCAUCAUGCAAAAUGAACCUGUGAGUCCAAGAGUCAGGAUUGUUUUAACCAUCUGGGGAAUCGUAACGAUUGUUGUCGGAGCCUUCAUCUUUGGACAAAGUACGACGAUUGCUGUCAUGGAGCUUCUACGCAAAUUCUGAGUAUCUCAGGGGCUAGUCACAUGGAAAUGUUUUCAGAUCAAAACAGCAAAGUAUUUUAACGUUUCAGCCUCUCAUCCACAUGGAACAGUUUUCUGGGUGCCUCUAUUUUUGUAAAUGGCUUCCAGAGUGGGAAAUCUGAAAAUUUUGUAUAAACAGCAAAACCGUGGUUAAAUAUAUUUUCAGAAACUAUUUCAGCACCGACCCGUCGUCAUUAUGUGACAAAAAGUGAGCUUUGAUGACAAGACAACAUAACAUCCAGCUGACAUUCUCCUGAUAUUUUCUCCAAAAUGUAAUUCCACUUUUUUGUCAAUUUAGAUUAGCCUUAAAAACCAAAAGAUUUAUGCACAUGCGUUCUUUCUCCUUCUAUUGUUUGGUGUGUCACAUGGUUCCAUUUGUGUGUCUGUUUACAGCACCACACAUAGUAGGUGUGCCUUGUGCAUUACAUCGUUUUCAUCCAUUGAAGCGUUCUUGUCUGGUUGCAGCUAUUAACUAAUCCAGCACAGUGUGGAUGCAACAUUUUUUUAGCCCACCAAAAAAUAAAUAAAAUCCCGGGAAUGUUCCCUUGUGGAUAGGGCCUCACUCUCUGCUACUACUGUAGUAGUAGUAGUAGUAGCAGUAGUAGUAGUAGGAGUCAUGACUUCAGGGUGAUGGAUGACGCUCUUCUGUUUUGCACAACUGAACAUUACAUUUUUUUUAAGUGUCUGUGAUA